AUGGGCGAAAGUGCAUCCCCGCAAGAUGUCCAGAGCUUUACCUCCGCCGAUCGCAUACGACAGCUGAAUGAGGUGGACAAGGACGUAACUAAACUUCUGCAUUCUGCUGGUCUCGCUAUCCAAGCUUUAACGAACGCCAAACCAGGCUCCUCUUCCUCCGUUCCGACAGAUGGAUCUCUCGACUCGCACAAAUCCCGGUUCAAAGAAGCAAGUGCGCAGUAUUUUGCACUUCUUUCUUCGGUUGACGUUUAUCUACGACGUCAGGUCUACUCCUUAGAUGAAUCGUCUCUCGUAGGGCCUGAGAAAGGCUCGCGCACAGGCGAUACAAAAGCCGGAGCCAGAAACGAAGCUGCGGCUUCUAAAUUGCGCGCUUCAAACUCGCUGGAUAUCAGUCGUCUCAACAGCCGGAAAGAUACAGUUGGGAAAGACAAGGAGGCUGAACUAUGGGCAGCUGCUCGAGGAUUUGUUGAGCAGAUGCAAAAGCCUUCUCAGGCAAGCAAGGAUUCCAAGCCAGCGAAUGAACCGGAGGACAUGCAGGUUGAUUGA